CAAGUCAUGAUGGUUGAAUCUGCCUCGGAGACGAUACGCUCCACUCCCUCUGGCCAGAACGGGGUCAGCAGCCUCAGCAACCAGCCCGAUGGCGGCGGGGGCGGCGCGGGCGGCGGAGGAGGGGGCGGCGGGCGCGAAGGAGCCGCCAGCGGGGAGACCAACGGCGAGAUGAGCCCCGUGGAGCUCCUGCACUUCCAACAGCAGCAGGCUCUCCAGGUGGCUCGCCAGUUCCUGCUGCAGCAGGCCACGGGGCUCAGCUCCCCCAGCAGCAAUGAGGGCAAGCAGCCAGCAGUGCAGGUCCCUGUGUCUGUGGCCAUGAUGUCCCCACAGAUGAUCACACCACAGCAGAUGCAGCAGAUCCUCUCACCUCCCCAGCUCCAGGCCCUCCUGCAGCAGCAGCAGGCAAUAAUGCUGCAACAGUUGCAGGAAUACUACAAGAAGCAACAGGAGCAGCUUCACCUGCAGCUAUUGACACAGCAGCAAGCCGGAAAGCAGCAACCCAAAGAGCCGUUAGGGAACAAGCAGCUGGCCUUCCAGCAGCAGCUCCUGCAGAUGCAGCAGCUCCAGCAGCAGCACCUGUUAAACCUGCAGCGCCAGGGGCUGGUGAGCCUCCCACCAGGGCAGGGCACUGUGCCCCUGCAGACCCUGCCCCAAGCUGUGUGUCCCUCGGACCUCCAACAACUCUGGAAGGAGGUCACGGCCGCCCAGCCCGUCGAGGACAGCAUUAAGCAAGAAGGUCUCGACCUCACCACCAACACCUCCAACUCUACCUCGUUUUCAGCCGCCAAGGUCUCGCCUCCCAUUUCCCAUCACCCUCUGCCCAAUGGACAGAGCACCAUGCACACGCCGAGAAGGGACAGCUCUUCCCAUGAAGAGACCCCCGGCUCCCACCCACUCUACGGCCACGGAGAGUGCAAGUGGCCUGGCUGCGAAACCCUCUGUGAGGACUUGGGACAGUUUGUCAAACACCUCAAUACAGAACAUGCACUUGAUGAUCGAAGCACGGCCCAGUGUCGAGUCCAGAUGCAAGUGGUACAGCAGCUGGAAAUACAGCUGGCAAAGGAGAGCGAGCGUCUCCAAGCAAUGAUGGCCCAUCUUCACAUGAGACCUUCAGAGCCAAAGCCUUUCAGCCAACCUCUGAACCUGGUCUCCAGUGCCACCCUCUCCAAGAGCACUUCCGACACGUUCCCCGAUGGUUUACCUCAUCCCCCCACCUCCGCCACGGCGCCCAUCACCCCCCUGCGACAGGGCCCCUCCGUCAUCAGCUCUUCCACUUUACACAACGUGGGGCCCAUUCGCAGGAGAAACUCGGAGAAGUUCUGCACCCCAAUAUCUUCAGAACUUGCACAGAAUCACGAGUUUUACAAAAACGCCGACGUCCGGCCGCCCUUCACGUACGCCUCGCUCAUCCGGCAGGCCAUCCUGGAGACCCCCGACAGGCAGCUAACGUUGAACGAAAUCUAUAACUGGUUCACACGGAUGUUUGCCUACUUCCGGAGGAACACGGCCACCUGGAAGAACGCCGUUCGCCACAACCUGAGCCUGCACAAGUGCUUCGUGCGCGUGGAGAACGUCAAGGGCGCCGUCUGGACCGUCGACGAGCACGAGUACCAAAAGCGAAGGCCACCAAAGAUGACAGGGAGUCCAACUUUAGUCAAAAACAUGAUUUCAGGACUCGGUUACGGAGCACUUAAUGCAAGUUACCAGGCUGCGCUGGCAGAGAGCAGCUUCCCACUGCUGAACAGCCCCACCAUGAUCAACACCAGCUCGGCCAGCGGGAUGCUGCACGUGGGCCACGACGACGUGAGCAGCACCGUGGAGCAGGUCAACAGCAAUGGCAGCAACCCCCCCCGCCUGUCCCCGCAGCAGUACAGCCAUCCAGUGCACGUGAAGGAGGAACCAGCUGAGGCAGAGGACGACAGCAGACCUGUCUCCCUGAUGGCCACCACCAACCAGAAUGUGACGAUUCCCGACGACAGGGACCUGGAGGAGGAGCUGCCGGUGGAAGACUUGUCCUAA